AGUUUCGAUCCAAUACCCCCCUCUUGUUGCUGACGUGUCACGGCGCAAUGGUCAAUGGGUUUGGAGGUCAAUAGGGGACAGAGCUCGCUAUCCAUCCCGAAUCCCAAUUCCCUACUCCCAAAUCCCAACCUCCCAUUCAUCGGGUCGUGUCGCCGCCGACGAACAACACGGCGAGCGGCGCCGGUGGCGAGCUACCUACCCUCCAUCUCUCCAGAUCCCUUCCAGGGACAGUACAAGACAAGUCGCACAAAACAGAAAAUCUUGUGAUAGUUUAAAUGGCUUCAAAGCUUCAAGCCUUUUGGAACCAUCCUGCUGGCCCCAAAACCAGUUUGUUAUCUCUUUGUGCUACUGUAACAAUUUGUUGGCACCACUGUUUAUCUUAGGUCUAUGAUUAUUGUUUCUGAUCCGAAAAUAAUUAUUACCCUGAAAGCUUGCUACUUCCUGUAGUCAUGAAAACAUGUUCUUUUGGACAUGUCUCAGAUUCUCAACUCAAACUUUCAAGACUUUAAACAUCAUUAUCUUUUCAAAUAUUUUGAUCGGAUGCAUGAAAAUAGUAUUUGUCUAGAAAAGUACUUACACAAUACCAUAAGUUUAUUGGGUUUUAAAAAUAUAUUGCAAUAGAAAUGAGUGGUGAAAGUUGAAUUAUGUGACUCCUUGGAUAACCAAAAACACAUGUCAUCAUGACUGGAGGGGGAGUACUUCGCACUGAAGCAUGGGCCAGCUCAAGUGGCUCAAUACUUUUUUUUUUUGCAUUUCAAUUUUGUGUGAUGGUUAUCUACCAGAUGGUGCAUUUAACCUGUUAUUUGUUGACCUUCGUUGUCGCAGUUCAUUUCUGGGCUCCGACAUUUAAAUGGGGUAUUAGUAUUGCCAAUGUUGCAGACUUUGCUAAGCCACCUGAAAAGAUAUCCUAUCCACAGCAAGUUGCUGUUGCUUGCACUGGAGUCAUUUGGUCACGCUACAGUAUGGUUAUAACACCAAAAAACUGGAAUCUAUUCAGUGUUAACGUUGCAAUGGCCGGCACAGGCUUGUAUCAGCUUUCCCGUAAAAUAAGGAAAGAUUACUUUUCUGAUCAGAAGGAUGAUGUUGCAUCAUUGGAAGGAUAAUGAUGACUGACAUGAUGAAAACCCGGCCCACAACCUUUGAGCGAUACUCAACUCACUCUGAAUUGCAGAGACGCGUCGUUUUCUCCAAGACAGGAACCUGUCGUUUGUUUCUAUGUUUCUCUUGCACCAAUUUAUGGAUCGAUCUGGAAUGUUACAUCCCAAAAAAAAAAAUCAAAUAAUCUUUUUGACAAUCUCUGCGAAUAAAUGUGCAAAUACAUCAAGUAGUCUCUCCUUUAUGUUUCUCCGUUGUUUAUUCACAUGUUUUGCUAAGAAGCUGUUACAGCGAACAAUCUUUCUGUUUGCUAUCUGAAGUUACUACAUUGUAACCUGGCUUUCAGCUUUCAGAUUACCGUACCCUGUCUGGUAAUCGAAUGAUUAAAGUUUGCUGUGAUUUUCUGA